AUGGCAGGACGCAGCUCAAAUUAUUUUUAUAUGAUUUUGUUUAUCACAAGUGCUUUAAUGCUAAUGUCUCAUGUAUUUGCGCAAGAAGAAUUGAUUGAGAAAUACGGAUGUGCAUCAAGGAUGACUGCACAUUGUGGAAAUGAGAUCUAUUCAGCUCUAUUUGAUAUAGGAACAAUUACCGGUGACUGUUGUUUGACACUCGUAGAAAUGAAUAAAACCUGUCACGAUGCUUUUGUUGAGGAAAUUCUCGACGACCCUACUAUUAAAGGAGACAGGUCUAAAAUUCUUGCGAAUGGCAAGAAAAUCUGGGAGGAUUGUGCUUUAGUUGCUGCUAAUUCGCCUCAUUAA